AGAUGCUGUCCGUACAAAAUCUGCCUGCAAGAAAGACAGUAUUUAUUUAAAAACUGUCAUCUCUUUUUAAAUUAAAUUGUUUAAUAUUUUUCCACAGAGUCUUGAGAGUGAAAUUAUGACACUUAGCCCCCUGUAUGUUGAAAAAUUCUUUCCAUCUCCUUGUUUGUAGAUGUUGAUAAUAUAAAACGGCCGUAAUUUUGUCUGGGAAAAAUUAAGUUAUUCGACCCUGUAAAAGUAACUCAGAAAAUUAGAGACAACCCAUUUGGAGGUGCCGUAAAAUUAUUAUUAAAUUCACACACAUCCAUACAUACCGACCGACCGAUUUUAUUACCAGACAUCGUUAACUUCAUUUUGAGGAGGGUGUCAGCCAGAAUGAAGGUGGUAUUACUUUUUACAGCCGUAUACGUGGCAAGAGCACUUCCAAUAAAUAAACCUCUGUGUGAUAACAGAGACUUGUACGAAUCUAUGGACAAGAUAAGUGUGUGGCACGAGGGAGAGCAAGAGUUCAAGACGAUUUUAUGGCAUUGUAACCAAUGGAGACGUGUAGCUUGGAAUUAUGGCGCUGAUGAUGACACUAAAAUAAAGGUCUUAACUACUAAUGGAUUACCGUAUAUUAAACCGUCCAAUAAUAGUGCAGAUAUACGGGGCUAUGUAGGAGAUAUAUUCGUUAUAAUAGUAGAAGCUUUUAAAAUGAACUUUGUUAUGUACGACGUCCGUUAUACCGACGGAGUUAGUUUCGUCAAUGAUGGACUUGGUGACAUUUAUUUAGGAGGAACUGUUGCAACUUCUGACUUAAAAAACAUUCAAAUUUCUCAACCCUACAUGAUGAACUCCUAUAAACUCUACAUGAAAAAACCCAGGGUGGAGAUAGAUUCAUAUUUUUACAUAAAAUCCUUUUCCAAGAACUUAUGGUUUGUAUCUUUCUUAGUUUUUUUUACGAUGUCUAUUACGAUCUGGGCAACUGGAAGAUUAUUGAAGAAAUAUAAAACCAAAGAACCUUGCGUCUCUUUACCUAUAUGCCUUAUUGGAGCGAUAUCUGGAGUGCUGAACCAAGGUUACGAUUUGGGCUUUAGAAGCUAUUCAGCUAGAAUCCAAAUCUACGUGUCGCUGAUAUUAGGUGUUAUUUUAUACUCGGCUAUGUCUGCAGUGCUUUAUUCCAAGAUGGCCGUGCUGCAAUCACCAUGGCCUUUCGAUUCUUUGGAAGAUAUACCUGGAACUGGAUUAUCAGUGUGCUUGCGUAACAGUAGUUAUAUCUAUAAGUCGUUCUGUCACCCGGACCAAGAUAAUGUGCUACAACCUAUGUGGCAAAACGUCAUCAACACCAAGCAUUGUAUAGGUUUCGAAAACUCGUCUAAUAUAGUAGACAUCAUGUGCAAUAAUCCAGUUGUCGUCUUAGAGAACAAGGUGAUAAUGUCGUCGGUUUUCAGGAACAAGCUUCCUUGCGACUGUGCUAUGUUCAGAACCGAAUAUUUCAAGCUAGGUCUUGUAAUCUAUGUAAGAAAACAUCUUAAGGAAAGCCCGAGUAUAUCAAAGAUGAUAAUAAAACUACAAGGUGCCGGCAUACUAAAAUAUCUUGAAGAAAAAUGGACAUACAAACACAGAGGUGGGUCGGACCCCGAACAAUGGUAUGCAGUAACAUUUAAGCAUAUCGAAGGAAUAUUGGUAUUUUAUUUUCAAAUGGUAGUUUUUAGUCUUUUCGUUCUGGGUAUUGAAAUUAUCUGGAAAGGUGAGAUCUUCAAGUAUAAUGAAAUAACUUGUAUUGAAUGAUCAAAGGUAAAAUAUAGAUAGAAAAAUAUAGCUUGUUAAGUAUGUUAUUUGGUACAACAAUUGUAGAAAGUAAUAAACAUAGUAG